UAUUGAUUCAAAUUAGGAUUCAGUGCUAACAGUGAGAGAAAGUGAGAUAAUUUACGAUUACUGUUGGUUCCCAUUAAUGAAUUCAUGCAUCCCUUCCACCUGUUUAUUACCUGUGUUUCUAAAUACUGAUGUUCAGCACUGUUAGGCUAGGUGAAUACCCUACGGAUAUGCCCUGUUGACCACUCGUGAAUAUUCCGUAUGUUAUGGGCGGAUGAAGUGAUUUCUGCCAACUCUAUAGCUUUCAGUCCCGACGGAAAUAAAAUAUAUUCAGGUUUUGAGAAAUGGAUUCGAGUUUUCGAUACCUCUUCUUCGGGCAGAAUCUGUGAUUUAAAGCAAACUUAUGUUGACAAAACCGGUCAAAAGGGAAUCAUAUCAUGUAUUGCAACGAAUCCGUUGAACCCAAACAUUAUAGCCGUCGGUUCAUAUGAUAGGAGUAUUGGUCUCUAUGAAGAGCCCGGACUCACGAAUAUCUGUGUGCUGUUGGGCCAGAAGGGAGGGCUCACUCAUCUCCAGUUCUCUUCAGAUGGCAAUCGCCUCUAUAGUGGAGGAAGAAAAGAUUCAGAGAUCUUGUGUUGGGAUCUCAGAAACAUUGGUCACGUGUUGUCUGUUAUCAAUCGUGAAGUGAAUACAAAUCAAAGAAUAUAUUUUGAUUUAUCUUCCGAUUCCAAGUAUUUGGUGACCGGAAGUGACACCGGAUUUGUUGCCACUUAUGAUAUAAACUGUGAAGCGAGCGAUGAAAUAAUGAAACCUUUGAACACAUUCUCGGCGCACAAGGACUGUGUGAAUGGAGUCAGUUUUCAUCCGACUCUACCACUGCUGUCGACUACUUCAGGCCAAAGAAGAUUUGCUGACAUUUCUGACUCCGAAGACGAGCACGACUUGUCUUUAGUGAAUACACAACAAGAAAAU